GGCUGUGUGUAUAUAUUCAAACGUUUGUCUUUUGCGAAUCUAGUAUUCAGAUGGUAUCACAUCGGGAACAUCACAUACACACAUCCUGGGUAUUUGAGCUUUCAGUAAGUGCCUUCUUGUUUCGACACCGUUAAUCAGACAACAAGCUGUGCUCGGUGUGCUGUCAUCCAUCACGUCAGAACUCCAGUGUUCUGAAUAGAUACGAAUGAACAUAUCUAUUGAUAUAUGGAUAUAACCGUUGGUAUACGGCGUUAAAUGUUAGUGGAUAGUAUUAGCCCGGAUAUCUAUUGAUUUGUACAGAGCGUAUCUGCUCAGAUACAUCACGUGACCACACAGUCAACGUUGUUUUGUAUCCCAGCCGUAUGUAGAGGGCCAUUGUCUUUAUUCUACUUGUAUACACGCAUAAAAAAUAUGCAAAUCAAUCAGUGUUUAAAUUAUACAUAACAUUAUGGAGCGACCUAACAACAGCAAGCUAUGGAUACAUCAAAAAGAGUUCAACGCAGAGAUAGUCAUCAGCCCAGAUGUACUGAUCGUCGGCGUAGGUGAUGUGGUGGGGGUACGCUGCUUGGAUGUAUUUGGUACUAAUGGCAGUAACCAGGGUAACGGUAGCAAUGGUAACGAACUGUACCUGGAAGUAACCCAGAAUACCAUACAGGAGGGGUUGGCGCUGAAGAAGAAGAACGGCACAGUCAGUGUAGCGAAAGAGGUCGCUGAGACGUUUGGAUUCCAGCCAAGACAGGAAGUGUUCCUGAGGCUGGUUGAGCCCCUGAGUGUGUCGGUAGAACUUGUGGAAUUGGUGUUCAAGGAGCA